CAGCUUCGAUAGCUGUCCUCGUCACAGAGAUGAUCAUGACCUUAGCAGACGCAUCGUCGGUGACAAUCGUUCUCCUCGGUAACAAGAAGCACUAGCAAUGAAGUUUUCUCAGUGGAGUCGGGCCACCUGGAUGGACUCGAACGCUCACCCCCUCAUAGGUGAGCCAACUCCUAUCCUAUCCUUUAAAUGUAUCCUGUAGUACCUCUUCAUCAUGCCCCUAUGAUGUUUUUCUUUCCGCCCCUUUUUCAUCUUGUAAUCAACAGACAUGUCAGUUGUUGUUCUUGUCACGAGGCCAACACGAACAGCGACGCCAAGGACUAUAAGACAGUGGUUCUUGUCACUAUCGAGGAAAAAAGGGAGAGAAGAAGGAGAAGAACUAGCUCCACAGGCACAUCAAUCAAUCAAUCAAUCAAGGAAGUAGCUAUAGAAGUAGGAAGUAGUGGGACAAUUUACUCAAUAAAGCUUGGGGUAUCUUCUAUAGAAGUAUGAAGUUAGUAGUGAACAACUUGAAUAUAUUGUUUUUUGUUUCCUAGUUAGGUGUGCUCCACCGAUAAUAUCAAAUAAUCUACUUGGGACUACGCGAAGAAAGGAUGGCGCAAGAUAUCUCAACAACAGCUGCAUCGCUUUCACAGGAGAAGCGCCGCGGCCAC